UCAUUUUUAAAUAUAUAUUAAAUAAUAUAAAUACUUUUAAGAGACGACUGUUGUUGUGUCUAUGCAACAUCAUGGAUCAUGAAUAACGGUACAUGGCAAAGUGUGUUAUGUGCACGUAGAAUCAUGGAACGCAGUGGAAAUGAAACAACGGCAUAAUCAAGACGACGGGGUUACCAAACAAAUGAUUGAGAAAAUGUUGUCAGAUAUUGAAGAAAAUGCAUCGUUUUCUUAACAUACAACAAAAUAUUAAAUUACGCAACUAUCAUCAGUUACUUUUAUAUUUUGUUGCCACUGCCGCCACAGCUGAGGAAGAGGGAAGAAGAAGAAGAGGAAGAAGUGUCAUUGGCGGCGGUAAUAGCACCAAUAGCGGAGCCAGAAGAAGACGAACCGGAAGAGGUGACAAGGUGGACAAGAAAAGAAAGCAGUUCAGCAAUAGAACGCAACGCAACGUAACGUAACGUAAAGCGAAAACAAUACGAAAAGAGAAAGUCGAGAAAGGAGAGAAAACAAGGGAAGAAAGAAGACGUCGACGAGGAUAUAUUUGAAGAUUCUUAUUAGCCCAAUAUAUUAUACAUUAAACCCAACGCUGCCACUGUUCCUAAGACAAAAACCACAACGUAACCAAUAACGUAAUUGUAGCUGUAACGUAACGUAACAUAACAACAAACCUAAUACCACAUAAACACACACACACACACACUACACCAAACCAAACACUGACUGCUCCUAUGCCAAUUUUAUGUUCGAUUAUUGUCAUUUGAUCAUUUGAACUCCCCAUCAAUCAAUCAAUCAACCGAGCAAUCGCCGCUUCCGUUCGAUCUCCCCGAUGCUCCAAACGUUUGGAUAUUAAGCACUACGAAUAAUUACGGAACAUUAUAAGAAUCCAACUCACUCCACUCCCGCGCACACACACACCACCCACAGGACGAACGGGCGAUCGAUCCUGCCGCGCCAACCAACAACCUUUAAAUCUUUGCCAAAAACACUGGCAAAGUUUUACAAAAUAUGGCAACACCCCAAGUCAAGGACUUGGUGUUGCGUUCGCCCGCUGGCUCUUCGGAUGUCAUCACAUUUGCUUGGCCCCUGCAAGUUGGACAUGGACAGGAUAAGCAUGACAACGGCUUCGAUAUUAUCGAUACAAUCAAAUUCGUUUGCGAUGAGCUGCCAUCAAUAUCAUCCGCAUUCGAGGAGAUUAAUCUCCAUCAAAUUGACACUGCCUGCUACAAGACUAUGACAAAUCUUGUCGAUCGUUUUAAUAAAGCUGUCGACAGUAUUGUUGCAUUGGAAAAAGGAACUUCACUGCCCGCCGAGCGCUUGAAUAAGUUCGCUCAUCCUAGCCUUUUAAGACAUAUAUUGCAAUUAGUUUACAAUGCUGCCGUUUUGGAGCCCGAUAAGCUCAAUCAGUAUGAGCCAUUUUCACCCGAAGUCUAUGGCGAGACAUCGUAUGAGUUGGUACAACAAAUGCUCAAACAUGUCACAGUCAGCAAAGAGGAUACGUUCAUUGAUCUCGGUUCCGGUGUGGGACAAGUUGUACUUCAAAUGGCCGGAUCGUUUCCCCUUAAAACCUGCAUUGGCAUCGAAAAGGCCGAUACGCCGGCCCGUUAUGCCGAGCGUAUGGAUUUGUUUUUUCGCCAAUAUAUGGGUUGGUUUGGCAAACGAUUUUGUGAAUACAAAUUGAUUAAAGGUGACUUUCUUGUCGAUGAGCAUCGAGAGAAGAUAACCUCAUCCACAUUGGUGUUUGUGAAUAAUUUUGCCUUUGGACCAACGGUGGAUCAUCAGUUGAAGGAGCGUUUUGCCGAUUUACGUGAUGGCGCUCGUGUUGUAUCCUCAAAAUCAUUUUGCCCAUUGAAUUUUCGCAUUACGGAUAGAAAUCUAAGUGAUAUUGGCACUAUAAUGCAUGUUAGCGAAAUACCACCAUUGAAGGGUUCCGUAUCCUGGACAUGUAAACCUGUAUCGUAUUAUCUGCAUGUGAUUGAUCGUACUAAAUUAGAGCAAUACUUUCAACGUCUGAAAACCAAAGGGGGUGACCAUGAUCACGUGGGUACCGUGCGCACUACACGGGAUCGUGCCAAGCGUGAGGCCAAUAUUGGUUCAGGAUCUGCUGGAAGCCAUCACAAUAAUAAUCACAAUAAUAACCACAAUAACAAUAACAAUAACCAUCAGCAGAGAGGAGCAGAACGAGAACAGUCGAAUGGUGGAACUUCAUCGCGUCAUCAAUCACAAUCACCGGCUAAUGUGAAUGCUAGUGGUGCCAUGGGCAGUGGUUUAAGCAGCGGAACAGGAGGAGGAAGUGGUGGUAAUAAUGGUGGAGUUGCCUCUAAGACAACCCGCCAGCAAGCCCAGCAGCAGCAACAACAACAACAGCAGCAACAACGAAGUCUUGACAUGGACAGCACAUCGGAUAGUGAUGGCGAUGCCACAACUGGAAAUGGCGGUAAUACCACCACAACCACCAACACCACAUCCACCUCAAAUGGUGGUGGACCCAUGACACGAAAAGUAUGGUCCGAUUGGUGCAGCUCCAAAGGCAAAUCAUCUCAAUCCGAUGAGGAGGAGAAUAACAAUACAAAUGGAGGUGGCAGUGCAACCGCCAGUGGUCGUCAGUCGCGAGCCACCACAAACACCACGAUACAGAAGAAGCGUAAAAAGCUAACACGCAAAGCAGCCAUUGCCAGUAAAUCAGCGGCUGCUGCCCAACGGGCUACUGCCGAGGCAGCGGCUGUUGCUGCUGCAGCAGCUACCAGCAAGGAUUCCAGCUCUAAGGAGGAUCAACCACCGAGAGCGGCAAGCACCGGUCCGGGCAUUGGUGGCGGGCGCAAGGGUCGCUUAAAGAAGGGCGCCCGCGGUCGCAAGUGUCUGAAAAUAGCCGGCUUGGAUGUUUUGCAUAAGCAGACGGUUCUUAGCACUACGGGAGAUGCCAAUGCAAAGAAAUUGCCCGCAGCUCCUGGCACUGUGGAUCAGCAAUUGACGUCACUGCUCACCGAAAAUAUGGAUCACAAUGAGCUGGAUAUACCGCUGGCGCCACAGCAUACCCCGUAUGCCUUGCAAAUUCUGCUUGAUGUCUUCCGAUCUCAAUACAUGUCUAUGAUUGAGCACAUGAAAUCGAGUGCCUAUCUGCCGCAGGUGCAGAAACAAAUCGCCCAAGAGCAAGAGCGCAUGGCCAGGCUAAAGAACCGUGCCAGUCAGUUGGACAAACAGAUCAAGGUGCUCAUCGAUGACAGUGUGGCAUUGCUUAAGAUACGCAUGAAUGAAUUGGGCAUCAGUGUGAACUCCCCCAACGAUCUGAUUGCCCAGGCCAAGGAGAUUGUGGGUCGGCAUAAGGAUCUACAGCAUACGGUUAGCAAAAUGCGCAAUGAGGUGACCUUCUAUGAGGGAGAACAGAAGCUGAUGCUUAGUAAACAAUUGAAACAUUUGCCCGAGUAUCAGAAAUUAUUUGGUAACUCAUUGAAUGGCAAAGUGAAGAUGGAAAUGCCGCAAGAGCUGUCGGAGACAACAGCCCAAGAGCUUGUGUUGAAGGAAAUAGCCAAUACGUUGAGUCAGCGCAAGAAAUUGUAUGCUCAAGUCUCAACAAUAGAGCAAGAGACAUCGGUUCUGCAAAAGACAGCGGAGGAGAGGACCACAGCGGCUGCCCUGUUGGCUCAAGGUACAAACAUUAGCCUGGCAGCCAGCAGCAGCAGCAAUAGUGGAUCUACAAAUAAUCCAGCACCCCCUCCACCACCUCUGCCACCAGCAUCAUCAUCAUCUUCAUCAGUCGCAGUCGCAGCAACAUCUUUAGCAGCAGCAGCACCAUCAGCUUCUUCUCUUUCCGUGUCCGUGCCAAAUUGUAAGAUGACAACCACGACAAAUAGUAGUAGCACAACCAAUAAUCAUGUGAAAAGUGCCCGACGUAGUCGUGAGCAUCGUGCUCGCUCCCAGGAAUGGCCUGAAGUGCCCGAAGUUGGUAAGAUUCAAGAGAGCAAUCCAGAGGUUCUUGCACAGAAAAUUGUCGAGACAUGCCGUCAAAUUGAGGCUGGUCAUUAUCAAGUGAAUGGUAAGAAUAAGACCAAUGCUGAAAUGAAUCAACAAACUCCUCCACCGCCACCAGCAACUACCACAUCAACGGCAGCAGUGAAAUCCAUGUAUAAGGAUAGCACUCUGAUGCCAGCACCUAAGCAACAGCAGCAGCAGCAACAACAGCAGCAAAUGCAAUUGCUUUCUUCUAUAUUGCCAAAAUGUGAGUUACCUGGUCUGUUAUCAUCCUCCAUUCUGAACUCCGCCUCCUCAUCAUCAUCGUCAUCAUCUUCGUCCAUUAUGGGACGCAGUGCCGUUAGCAGCAUUAAACAAGAAUCACCAAAAGUGGCCAAUUUUGAGGAUCGUUUGAAGAGCAUCAUUACGACAGCCUUGAAUGAAGAUCAAGAGCAGCGUAGCAAGGCAUCAACAACAGCCAUGGAUUCUCUGCCACCGCCAACACCCACACAAAGUCCAGCUCCAAAGCGUAGCAAGCCACAGCAGCAGCACCACCACCACCACCACAACAACAACCACCACCAACAGCAGCAGCAACAACAACAACAUCAACAGCAAUCCCAAAUGCAUCCCCUACACAAUAUUAUAACUGUUUCCACUCAGGGAUUGAUGCAUUUGAAUGCCAAUACCACCAUAUCGCCCAUUACACCACCAUUGCCAGGACCAGCAGCUGGAGCAACUGCCUCCACAGCUCCGCCACCGCCAGCUAACUUACCCUACGGUGCUGGAGUUUAUGGUGGUAAGAAUCAUGGUGGCAAAUAUCAUCAUCAAAUGCCCAUAAAGGAAUCGAAAUAUUCACCGGCGGCGCGUCAUGGCCAACAUGCGCAAUUGACGCCAACGCCAACCUCGUCAUCUUCCCAUAUGGCCAAUUUAUAUGGGCCAACUGGUCCUGGCGUUGGUUCUGCCAGUUCUGCCAAUGCUAAUCCUCCUCCUCCAGCAGCAGCAGCAGCAGCAAAUGAUUUAAGCUAUGGUCAACGUCGUCGGGGUACAGUGAGUGCCUCGUCCUAUGAGCAUUUUAUGGUUCAACAGCAACAACAGCAGCAACAACAUGCCCUUAUGUUGGCCGCUGCCGCCCAUGCGGCGCAGCGGCAACAGAUGCGAACCGAGGAACAGCCACAACCACAACAACAUCGUCUGCCGCAGCAUCAUUUGCUACAUCAUCAACAGCAACAACAACAACAACAUCAUUCUCAUCCAGCUCAUCAUCAUCCCAACGAAUUCAAGACACCAGCUGAGAAUCUACAACUUCAACGUUCCAGCUCACGUGAGCAAUUGAUGUUGGUGGAACAACAACAGGCCCCACCAUCCCAUAUCGAAUUGUUGCCACGUUCGAGUUCGGCGAAUUCCUUGGAUUAUGGCUCUAAUGCCUCCUCAACGGGUGGUGGCUACCGUGUGCGUCCACCCAGCCGACCGAGUUCAAAUUCCUCACAACCGGACUACACACAAGUAUCACCAGCCAAAAUGGCCUUACGUCGUCAUCUCUCGCAAGAGAAGCUAAAUCAACCACCGCAGGCCACAUCGACACCGCCAACGGGGCAGCAGACGCCUUCUUCUGGUGGUGGCAAAACCAUAGGUGAUCUGGUCAAUGGUGAGAUUGAGCGUACUCUGGAGAUUUCCCAACAGAGCAUUAUCAAUGUGGCCGUCAAUAUGAGCACAACGGGUGUGGGAGCAGCAGCCGCAGCCCAUUUCAUGGAUCGGGCAUUCCCCAAUGAACGUCUGCUCAUCAAUCUGAAUGCUCAGAGGCCGGAGCGUGUAAAUAUUAGGCCCAUACAGGACGAUCAUCAUGCCGGAGGAUCAUCUACUGACCAGCCCACCAAUUACAGCCAACAGCAACAGCAGCAGCAACAGGCGACAGCAUCAGGCAGUAAUUUGGCUACCCUAGCUCAUGUGGCUUAUGCACAGAAAUCACAGAGACCCAUGUCGACAUCAUCAGCAUCCGCAUCGGCAAUUAAUCCAUCGCGUUCUGGACGAGAUUAUCAGCCAGUGGCUUUGCCACGUGCUGAAAUGAAGGGAUGCAUUGAGGCCUAUUUCCAUGAGGAGCAACAGCAACAGCAGCAACAACAAAAGACCAAGAAUGCUGCGGUUGGAGGAGUUGGUAGAGCAUCGCGUUUAAAUGGAGCCAAUCCGCCUCUGGAGGGUCUAGCCGCUUCUCUGCAAGAUCAUGUGCGAGCCAGGAAAUACAAAGAGGAGAAUGAAGAGCGUCAACGGAGGGCGGCGGCAGCUGCCUCAUCGUCCUCUGCAAACGCCGCAUCUUCUUCAUCCUCGUCUGGUGGAGGGCCAUCAACUGAGUUAAAUCCACAUUAUGCUCAUCAGGCACCCCCUGCCCAUACCUAUCUGCACAUGCAGCAGCAGCAGCAGCAGCAUCAUCAGCCAAAUUCACAUCAACAUUUAAAUGGAACACCGCACAAAGUCGAAAUUGGCAUUAAGCGUACAUCUCCGCUGGCUCCGCACCAGCAACCACCUCGUCCAGCCAAAUUGGCACACUUUGAAACCCAGCAGCAGCAACCACAUCUUUAUGCCAAUGGACAAGUGGUGUUGCCGCCACCGCCAGCAGCACAUGAAGCAACCACAACUCCCUCGCCCACACCUUCAUCAUCGUCGUCGUCGUGUGGUGCUGGUGGAGGAGGAGGAGGCAGACGAAGUAAACUUUUGAUAGAUCCACCGUUGUUAAUGAGUCCAGAGAUAAAUUCAUUGAUGGUCGAUGAGCGAUCAUUGCCACUGUCGGUGCAUCAUAAUCAUCAACAGCAGCAGCAGCAACAACAUCUACACCAUAAUCAUCAUCAUCCACAUGCACAUCAAGUGGCACAGCAGCAGCAGCAAGCACAUCGUUUGCCACUCCAUGGACAAGCAACUUUAAACAUGAAUGCAACACGUGGCAACAGCAGCAGCAGCAGCAGCAGCAGUAACAACAAUAAUAAUGCGAAUGCCGCCGAUGAUGAUGAUGUUAUAGCUGCCGAUGAUGAGUCACAUUGGCAACAUCGUGUCAGCUCUGGUUUCGAUCGUUUAGUGGCCUUCGCCAGCACCGAAUUGGACAAGACGAGGCGUAGCAUUGAUGGCGAUACAGUUCCGGCUUCGAUUAGCUGCAACACAUCACCGGAUUCGGGAAUUACCACACACAGUAGCAGCAAUUCGGAUGCAGCGCGUACAUUUCUGUCCACCUCAUCGAGUUCGUCGCAAUUGGAGCUGCCGCCAAGCAGUGGCAGCAGCAGCAGCAAUCAAAGUCUGUACAACAGCCAACAGGCCCACAAUCAGCAGCAGCAUCUUCAUCAUGGGGCGCAGCAAUUGGCCCAGCCUCAGUUGCCACAGCCUCACCAUUUGAAUGCUGCCGAUCAUUUGAGUGACAGUAGCAUGAAAUCCACAGCCUCAUCCUCUCUGGCAGCCGGUACUUCGUUGAAGACCAUCUCGCCGGUGGAUCCGAGUGCCAUUGAGUCGCCGCCGCUCUCUGAUGUCGGUUUGCCACGUACACCCAGUCCCAGUGCGGUCAGCGUGGCCACGCCUCCACCAAUUGCCGCCAAUGCUGGACCGCCGCAGACUAUGCCAAUGGCCAAUGAGUUGCGUAUACCAUUGAAAUAUCAACGUAAAUCGAAAAUCGGUUCCGAGAAGCAUUAUAAGAAAAAGUUUUGUGAACGCAACUGGGAAUACGAUUGUGAGGAUGAAUUGCUUGCAUAUUCCAAUUUAAGUGCUCCAGCCACAGCAGCAGAUGCAGCCGGCAAUGGUCCAGGUGUUAUGGAUUCUAGCGGCGGUGGUGGAGGAGGAGGGUUGAAUGCAAAUCCAAAGUCUGGUAAAUCACCCAAGGAUAAAUCAUCACCACAUCAACAACAACAACACCAGCAGCAGCAACAUCAUCACAAAUCAUCGAAAUUUAGGCCCAAAGGCAAAGAUUGGGAUUGGUCAUUGGAUAGUCGCAGUCAGACGGGCGAACUAAUGCCAACUCCAAACACAACGUCUGGCAGUCACAAUAACAACAGCAGCUCUGCAACAACAACGAGUAAUUGAAUUAAAACA